AUGGCGCCUGCACCCCUCCCUGUUCAAGGAGGCAUCAGCGAUAUACAGUCAACCCCUGGUGGACCUGUUCGCGUCUCCGCUCAACGCCCAGACACCGAGAUUCUUCUCACGAUACCCCACCAAGGGGGCAGAGAACCACGAUGCCCUGCGUUGCCCCUGGCCCACGGGGCUUCUAUACGCAUUUCCCCCCCUCCCGUUGAUUCCCAAGGUCAUUGGGAUCCUCGAGAGGGCGGAAGUUCUCCUGGUGGCCCCAUAUUGGCCCAGGAGACCAUGGUUUGCAGAUCUUCGCAAUCUGUCAGUGGCCCCCCCGUGGAGGAUUCCGCCAGACAGGGUCUCGCUGUCCCAGGGACCUCUUCAGCACCCAAAUCCACAGUGGCUUCAGUUAGCCGUCUGGAGGUUGAGCGGGAGCGUCUAAGAAAUGAGGGCCUGUCGGCCCAGGUCAUCAAUACCAUCCUGGCAGCAAGACGGCCUUCGACCACCCGCAUUUAUAACGCAACCUGGAACAUCUUUUGUAAGUGGUGCCACAAGUCCUCCAUCAAUCCACUCUCCCCAUCAAUUGCACAAAUCCUGGCCUUCCUACAAGACGGGCUGGAUAGGGGCCUCUCCCCCAAUACCCUGAGGAGGCAAGUCGCAGCCCUAUCAACUGUGGUCUCUGGCAGCUCUUCUGGCUCGCUUUCACACCACCCUCGCAUCCGAGCAUUCCUUAGAGGUGCCUCCAAUCUGCACCCUCCAGUAAUUCACAGAUACCCAACUUGGGAUCUUAAUAAGGUUCUUAUGGCGCUGACUAAACCUCCCUUUGAGCCUCUCAGGGAGGCGCCACUUCAGUUUCUCACGUUGAAAGUGGUGUUUCUUGUAGCAGUAACAUCUGCUCGACGGAUAUCUGAAAUAGCAGCUCUAUCCAUCACAGGAACUGGUUCUUCCUAA